CUCAGAGACAGGGCAGAGAACAUGUCAGCAAGAGGAAAAGAAAGAGCAGAGGAGGAGAACAAGGAGGUUUCCUCAGAGGAGGAGGAGGAGAAGAGGAGUGUUGAGGAGGACUUUGAAGAGGCAGUAAGGGAGGCUGCCUCCUCCACUGCUUCCAGAAGAAAACCUGGACCAUCCAGACAGCAAAUCAUUCCCAAAAUCCCAGAGGCAGUGGAUGACUUCCUGAGAAACUUCCUCCAGAGGGUCGGCCUGAGACAGACUCUCAACAACUUUGAGGCAGAGUGGUACAGCUCAGCGCAGAAAUUCCUGACACAUACUCUGAGGAUGGGGUCGAUGGGCGUCUUGUUCAUUCCUGAUGCUCUAACACAUAGAAAGCUCCUCCAGAGUGAGCUGGAGAUAGCCCGCAGAGACACAGACCUGCUCAGGCAGGAUGUGCUGGUGUUGGGGGACAGCCUGGUGAGGAUGCAGAGGGAGAGGGAUUUCCACCGGCUACAGUACCAACGAGUCGCUGAGGACAAAAACAGGCUGAUUGAGGACGUCAAACAACUGAAGAAACACCUUGAGUCCUACAAGCCAACACUAAGGCAGCUGGAGGACAAGUAUCAAGCAGCUCUGAGGCAGAAAAUGUUAAUCAGUUUAGAAAAGGACCGAGUUCAAAACAUUAUAAACCCGAGACAGAAUCAGGAAAUAUCCCAAAAAAUGAAAGACCAAAGCAUGAAAAGGAGCCACAGCACUGACACAUUAUCAGCUAAAAGCACCAUAAGCAGACAUCCCAAGGACACAGAGUUUCCUGUCUACAGUAGCCUGGUGAACCUGGAUCAGGUGAAAUUUCAAAAAUGGAAGAGACCAAGUGCCUUCAGCCUGUCCUACUCCAUCAGAGCCCACAAGCUUCCCAUCAGCUGCAUUGACCUCCAUCCACAAAAGCUGAUCCUCGCUACUGCCAGUGAUGACUGCAGCUGGAGGCUGUGGGUGCUGCAGGCCAAUGGAGAGAAGGUUGGUCAGAUGGUACUGACAGGCGAGGGUCACUCUGAUUGGCUGUCGGGCUGCAGCUUUCACCCUGACGGAGCAAAACUGGCAACAACUAGUGGAGACUCUACAGUGCGGCUCUGGGAUUUCUCCCGUGGCUGCUGUGUGUUGACGCUGCCUGGUCACACCCAGCCCACCUGGGGCUGCUCCUUCCACUCCUGUGGUCAUUUCCUGGCUUCCUGCUCUGCUGACAGAACUGCCAAGCUGUGGGACCUGAACAGCCAGCGCUGCCGCCUCACACUGCGUCGCCACACUGCCUCUGUCAACAGCGUCUGCUUCCUGCCCCUGUCCAACCUCCUCCUCACCUGCUCCGCUGACAAAACCCUUGCCAUGUGGGAUGCCAGACUGGGUGUCUGCACCACAACCUUCCAUGGACACCAGCAUCCCUGCAACCAUGCCACUUUCAGCUCGGCAAGCAGCAUCCUGGCCUCCUGUGACUCCCGUGGCAACAUCAACCUGUGGGACAAAAGGAAUCCUGCGUUGGCACUGGCCACAGUAGAUACUGGGCCACUGGCUGCUAACCAGGUGGCGUUCAGUCCGUCAGGGAAGACGCUGGCUGCCGCUAGCUCUGACAGUCUGGUCAGAGUGGUGGAGGUGGAUUCUGGUGUGGUGAGCAGCCUGGAGGGACACAGUGAUGGGGUGCAGAGUGUGAGGUUCGACCACAAAGGAGAGACUGUGAUGUCAGCAGGGAGUGAUGGGAUGAUUAAUGUCUGGGCAUGACUGAAAGAAAAUGAAAAACUGAAGUGAAACCAGCUGAUGAUCACAUUUUAAAAUGUUGCUUCCUUGUGGCAAUCAUGAAGUUCCCUCACACAUAUUGUUGACACUAGUACAGAUACAACACCUUUUAGAGUUUUAGAAUCUAUACCAACAUGAUUCUUUAUUGAUGGCUUACUCUGGGAAAUAAACAUUUUCUCAAAGAACAUUU